CAUCCUUCCCAUCUAUAUAAAGUGGGCAUCCCUUGCAUCUCAAACAUCACAAUUCACAACUCAUCAAACUCCGCUCUCGCUCUCUCUCUCUCUCUCUCUCUCUUCAGGACACUCCUCUCUCACUCCAUCAGCAACCGGUCUCAGAUCGGCCGUACUAUAGAGAAAGGUUUCUUGUCGUACAACUAAAAAGAGAAGAUGUGGAGGAUUAAGUUCGGAGAGGGUGACAAUGACCCUUUGCUCUUCAGCACAAACAACUUCCACGGGAGGCAGACAUGGGAGUUCGACCCUGAUGCAGGCACACCGGAAGAGCGCGCCGAGGUUGAGGCCGCUCGUGAGAAUUUCUACCAGAAUCGCUACAAGGUUGCUCCCAGCAGUGACCUCCUCUGGCGUUUUCAGAUGCUAAGAGAGAGAAACUUCAAGCAAGAAAUUCCUCCGGUGAGAAUUGGGGAAGGUGAGGAAAUCACAUUUGAUCAGGCCACAGCUGCAUACAAGAGGGCUGCUUCCUUCUGGAAUGCCUUGCAGUCACCCCAUGGUCACUGGCCUGCUGAGAAUGCUGGCCCAAACUUUUACUUUCCUCCAUUGGUCAUGAGUGUAUACAUACCAGGAUACCUCAAUGUUGUUUUCCCUGCCGAGUACAAGAAGGAAAUCUUGCGCUACACAUACAACCAUCAGAACGAAGAUGGUGGCUGGGGUUUGCACAUUGCAGGGCCUAGUAUGAUGUUCACCACAUGUCUCAACUAUUGUAUGAUGCGUAUUCUCGGAGAAGGCCCUGAGGGUGGUCGAGACAACGCCUGUGCAAGGGCCCGGAAAUGGAUUCUUGACCGCGGUGGUGCACAAUAUUCUGCCUCAUGGGGAAAGACCUGGAUGGCGAUACUUGGUGUUUAUGAUUGGGAAGGAAGCAACCCAAUGCCCCCAGAGUUUUGGACCUACCCUACUCUGCUUCCAUUUCAUCCAUCAAAAAUGUUUUGCUACUGUAGGUUGACUUACCUACCCAUGUCCUACUUUUAUGCAACAAGAUUUGUUGGCCCAAUCACUCCUCUUGUUGAGCAACUGAGACAAGAAAUCUACAAUGAGCCUUACGAUCAAAUCAAGUGGAGUCAAGUGCGCCAUCAUUGUGCAACAGAAGAUAACUACUAUCCUCAUGGAAGAGUACAGCGCUUUAUGUGGGAUAGUCUUUACAAUGUUUGUGAGCCUCUUCUCAAAAUCUGGCCCUUCAAAAAGAUCAGAGACAAUGCUGUUCAAUUCACCAUUGACCAAAUUCAUUACGAAGACGAGAACAGUCGCUACAUUACCAUUGGAUGUGUUGAAAAGCCAUUGAUGAUGCUUGCUUGUUGGGCUGAGGAUCCUAGUGGAGAAGCUUUUAAGAAGCAUCUUCCUAGAGUCACUGAUUAUAUUUGGCUCGGUGAAGAUGGUAUCAAGAUGCAGAGUUUCGGUAGUCAGUCAUGGGAUUGUGCUCUUGUGAUUCAAGCAUUGCUUUGUGGGAAUCUCAACAAUGAAUUUGGACCUGUACUUAAGCUGGCACAUGACUUCCUAAAGAAAUCUCAGGUGAGGAUGAAUACUUCCGGCGACUACUUGGCUCAUUUCCGUCAUAUUUCUAAAGGAUGCUGGACUUUCUCUGAUCGGGAUCAUGGAUGGCAAGUGUCUGACUGCACUGCAGAAGCAUUGAGGUGCUGCUGUCUGUUUGCAAUGAUGUCACCAGAGCUUGUUGGUGAGCCAAUGGAAGCUGAGUGUAUGUAUGAUGCUGUCAAUGUCAUAAUGUCACUACAGAGUCCAAAUGGUGGUGUAUCGGCCUGGGAGCCAACUGGAGCUCCUAAAUGGUUGGAGUGGCUCAACCCCGUCGAAUUUCUUGAGGACCUUGUCAUUGAAUACGAAUACAUCGAGUGUACUUCAUCUUCAAUCCAGGCCCUAGUGUUGUUUAGGAAGUUGUACCCUGGUCACAGAAGGAAGGAGAUUAACAACUUCAUCACAAGGGCUGCAGACUACAUUGAAAGUAUCCAAUACCCUGAUGGUUCAUGGUAUGGAAACUGGGGUAUCUGCUUUGUCUAUGGAACAUGGUUCGGAAUCAAAGGAUUAGAGGCUGCUGGAAGAACAUACAACAACUGUGAGGCUGUUCGUAAAGGUGUCGAUUUCUUGCUCAAUUCACAGAGGGAAGAUGGUGGUUGGGGAGAGCACUACACCUCAUGCACAAAUAAGAAAUACACAGCUCAGGACAGUACAAAUCUGGUGCAAACUGCCCUUGGAUUGAUGGGUCUAAUUCACGGUCGACAGGCUGAGAGAGAUCCAACUCCUAUCCACCGUGCCGCAAGGGUGUUGAUGAAUGGUCAAUUGGAUGACGGUGAUUUCCCCCAACAGGAACUGAUGGGAGUUUUCAUGAGGAAUGCCAUGUUGCACUAUGCAGCAUAUAGAAAUAUCUUCCCAUUGUGGGCUCUCGGAGAGUACCGCACUCUGGUGCAAUUGCCUACCAAAAGGAUUUGAGCCUUUGAACCACAAGCAGAGGAUCUUUCAUGGAUUGACAAUACAACUGGGAACCAAUAAAAGCUAGUUCUAGUUGGUCCUUAUUGUUUAUUUACUUCUUUUUCAUGUAUGUAGAGGUUGAUAUCUUUUGUAACCGCUGGAGAAAGAAUAAUAUAUUCAUAUAUAAUAUAUAUUGUAUACAAAAAUGUUUCUUGUCUGA